CCGGGUUGGGCCCGAGGUCGCGGGGGGAGGCGGACACGACUUCGCGGGAAACUCUGUACACGGCCACUUCACUCUCGCCGAGGAGUUGGAGGCUGCUGCUUUGCUCCCUGGACCGAGUGGGAAGCCAAGGGGCCUUGUGGUCCCUCCGCCCCGACCCUCGGCCCUGGUCCCCGGCCGACGCAGCCAGGUGGCUGUCCCCACCCUAUUCCCCGGCCCUUCUGUUGGGUUUGAGUAUACGGCACUCUGACCAUACGUUUAGGAUCAGCCCUUCCUCCUCUCCCACCCCUCCGGCCCCAAGCCCGCCGGCAAUCUCUGAAACCAGCUCUUGUCCCCUUGGGCCUCCGCCAUUGGCUUCUCCCCGCCCCACAACACACAACCCAGCCUCUUGGGCCCUGGCCCUAUGACACUUCUGGCAGUCUUUGCUCCCUCUUCCCUGACCAGCUCCUGCGACCCUCUGGCUUCCUUGGUCCUCCUCUAUCUUUGAUCCGUUAUCUAGCUUCCCUGUACAAUUACCCUGUUCGUCAACACUUUGCCCUUGGUCUUUCACAAUUCCUCUCUCCCCUUCCUCCCCGCAGCCCUUGACUUGGCCCCAAAGACCUGUAACUUUGGCCCUCCAUACCGCACUAUAGCUUAGCCCCUUCCCUUUAACCUAGCCCCUUCACCGUCAUCAUCUGUGAUCACUAGCCCCAUCUUCUUGGCUCUUACUUCUUAGACCUGGCCCCUUCUCCACUUCUCAGCCCCUUCCACCUAUGCUUCUCUCUGUGCAGCUGAGCCCCCAGGAAGACAAAGCCCAAUAGACCCCUUUUCCCCCAAAAUCUCUGCAGUGUGAUGUGAAAGUGCCUCUGUACUUCAGCUUCAUUCUCGUCUCAGUAGGUAAUUGGCUCUCUAUCUCUGCGCGUCCCAGUCUUACCCAUCCUGCAAGUCUUAGGUCAAAUACCUACUCUUCCAUGAAACUGCUCAACCCUGAUCUCAUCAGGGAGAUACACCUGUGUCAUGUGAACUUCAGCGGUACUGUUUUUAUUUAUUUCCUUCCUUCCCGUCUUCUCUCCUUUUUUCCUUCAGUACUGGUAUAAUGGUUAAAAGCACUGGCUUUGAAGUGAUGGGCAUAGGCCCCAGUUCUGCCACUUACUUGCUGUGGGCCCUUGGUCAAGGUACUUAAUUUCUCUGAGCCUCAGCUUUCUCAUCUCUAAAAUAAGGAUGAUGUGAAGUGAAAUUAGAUGAUUCAUGUAUGGUGCUAAGUUCACAGCUUAGCAUUUGAUAUGAGCUUUGAAAAAUGUUAAUAAUGUGCCAGUGCUGUGUUAGACACUGAGGAGUGGGUACAAAGGUGACUAAGGCCCAGUUCCUGCCCCUGUCCCCUGAACUUAACCUUCUGCAUUGUAAGACAAUUUCUGGAGUUCAUGGUCUGUGUCACUAUACUGUAUCACAAACUGUGAGUGGUAAUCAUAAUCCUAAAUCCUUUUGCUCUUACAUUGACCUAGCAUCCAGCCCUGGGUAGAGCUGGAGCUUGGUAAAUUAUAGGUUCUCAGAAUAGCAAUUUUGGAAUGGAGGCCAAAUAGCUCAUAGCAUAGAGAUACUGUAGCCGUGGGUCAGAUGGGAGCAGGGCAGGGGGUGGGGGAUGGUGGCGUAAAUUAAGAUCACAUUCUGUCACUUAUACAUUCAAAGACAUUUGAGCACCCAGCUUUAUGCUGCAGAAGGAGAUUACUAAUAUGACCCAGUCCCUUUCCUCAAGUUGCUUAUAAACUGCUAGUAGAAACAGACAUGUAAGUAGGUAAUUGCAAACCACUAUAAGGCAAGCACAAGAUUCUGUGAGUGCAUAAAGGAGAAAGGCAGGAAUCAGGAGAUUGCUGAGGAAAAGUGGGUGAGAAUAGACACAAGUAACCAUGAACUGGGUUCUGAAGACAGAGCUGGUGUUUUAUUCAGCUCAUUCAACAAAUACUUAUGAAGGAUCUACUGUAUAUGGCUGCCACUACUCUAGGAGUUUACAUUGGUAAAUUGUAAAAAAAAAAAAAAAAAAAACCCCAAAAAAACACAAAGACACCAGUUCUCAUGGAACUUAUGUUUUAGGGAAGCAGACAAUAAAUAAUUGACAUAAAGAAAAUGUCAGAAGGUAAGAUAUGCUAUGGGGCAGGGGGACUGGGAGCGUGGGAGUGACUUAAAUUUUUUAAAGGAUGGUCAGGAAACAGUGUCUAAGUAUCACGGAAUAGUUUCUCAUGUUUACUUGCAUUUUUGGAAGUAAAGCAAGUCAAUUAUUUUUCAUAUUGAUUAUCUAAAUUCUUCAAGGAACACUAACAGGGAUUGGUAAAUUACAGCUCACUUCCUGUUUUAAAUAAAGUUUUAUUGGAACACAGCCACACUUACUCCUUUAUCUUAUCUAUGGCUGCUUUAAUGAUUCAUGAUACAGUGGCAGAAUUGAAUAGUUACAGCAGAUAUCCCAUGGCCAUAAAUAUUUACUAAAUAUUAUCUGGCCCUUUACAGAAAAAGCUUGUCAAUCUCUGGUUCUUAAAGAGUUGAGGGUCUGUCUGUAUUUCACAUUUUAGAAGGUUAUGUACAGUUUUAUGCUAUUUUUAAGUUAAAAGUUUUUUCUGAAUGAGAUCGUUUAAAAGAUCUUUUUCUUGUGUUCUUCACAGGGCCUGGAUAUAAUGUCUUCAACAGUUGUAACAGCAGCUGCUAUGUGCUGAUUGACAGCAUGUGUCACACACUCUGCUGAGUAUUACAGGCAUUUUUUUCUAAUACAAAGUCUUGUAGUGUGGGUAGGUAUCACAAUUUUAGUGAUGAGGGAGUUUAAGCUCAGAGUGGUUGAAUAAUUUGCAGAGAGUAGUAAAGUUAGUAUGUGUCACAGUUGUAAUCCAGCCCUAAAUGUAGUCAGUACCUCUUUCUUCAUUCUGUGUUUUUUUCCAGAAAUACUUGUAGACUUGAAGGAAUUAUCAGUCUUUCAUUUUCUAUCAUCAGUGUCCUGUGAUAGUUUGUGCUUCCCUCCCUCAUCCCUUUGUUCAUGUCACUCUGUUCACCAGCUCACUCUGCUGAAAUGUCGUUUUAUUUCUUCAAGGCCUGGAGGAAAUGCUUUCACUCUCAUCAGAGGUACUUUUCACCCCAGCUCUUUCCCUGUCCUUGGCUGUAGGAACCUAAAGGAGUCUGUGAGGCUUAGCACACAUUUGCUGAUGUUUGCACAAAUCAAGGCCUGUACUGGGCACUCUUAUGUGUUUAGUUUUGGGGUGGAGUGUGGGGAGUGUGGUUUGUGUGUCUGUGUCUGUGUUUAUCUUUGUGUGUACUUGGUAUGUGAGUGUGUGCUUGUGUGUGGUGUGUGGGUAUAUGUGUGUAGACAUACAUGUAACUAUAUGUGUGUGGCGUGGCAUGUGGCUAAAUGUGUGUGUAGUGUGUAUGUGUGUGGUGUGAUAAUGUAUGGUUGUGUGUGGUGUGUAGGUGUGUGGUGUGUAGUUGUGUGGCUGUUGUGUGUGUGGUAUGAGAAUGUGAGUGUGUCUGGUAUGUGAGUAUACUGUCACAUGAGAAUGUGGCUUUGUGUAUGGUGUGAGUGUGUAUGUGUGAUUCUGCUUGCUUGUGUGCAUGCAUGUGUGUGCGGGGGGGGGCAGUGGGUGGGGCUUUGUGUGGUGUUUGAGAAUGUAGUGGAGGGCACUGACUGAUCAGAAGAAACACAGCCCAGGCCCCACAGUAGGUCCUGGAGGUCCCAGGUAUUAACCCAGAUGUUUACUUGCUAGAUUCUGCUGUGGUCUGGAGAGGGGUACAGUGGCAGAAAUCUCAAGAAAAGGCAAAGCUGGGCCUUGUCACCUAGGAGAGCCUCAAGAUUUAGAGGUUUUGUUUUGUUCAUUUUGAAAUCUGGCAAAUAGAUGGAUACUUGUAAGGAAGGCUUUUCAAAAAGGAUUAAACAUAAAAAGAGUUACAGUUAACUUACAGUUAGGCAGAAAAAUUGCACUUAUCCCAAAAUGAAAGCUCUUCUACUUGCCCAUGAAUUAUAGUCUUGAUUGUCGUUGCUUAGUGGUAUCAAGAAGAGUGACAUUAUUCAAAUGGCACAAAUAUCAUCUGGUGGUGGUGGACAAAGCCGGUGCCUUCUUUUUGCUCUGGGUUCAGAGAUGGGCAGUGAGAAGGAGCAGAGUCCAGAACCACACCUGCCUGAGGAAGGGGAAGGGGGUAAGCCUUGGAGAGUGGAUGACUCAGAGGGUUCUUGGAUCCCACCUGGGGAGAAGGAGCAUGGGCAAGAGAGCCUGUCGGAUGAACUGCAAGAAACUCAUCCAAAAAAACCAUGGCAGAAAGUCACUGUCCCGGCUCGAGAGCCAGGGGAUCCCAUUGCUCAUCCAAGGCAUGAGGCAGAUGAGAAGCCCUUUAUAUGUGCCCAGUGUGGCAAAACCUUCAAUAAUACCUCCAACCUGAGAACACACCAGCGGAUCCACACUGGUGAGAAGCCUUACAAGUGUUCUGAAUGUGGCAAGAGCUUCUCGAGAAGCUCCAACCGCAUCCGGCACGAGCGGAUCCACCUGGAAGAGAAACACUACAAAUGCCCCAAGUGUCAGGAGAGCUUUCGGCGGCGCUCAGACCUCACCACACACCAGCAAGAUCACCUAGGCAAGCGGCCAUACCGCUGUGACAUCUGUGGCAAGAGCUUCAGCCAGAGCGCCACACUAGCUGUGCAUCACCGGACCCACCUGGAGCCAGCGCCCUACAUCUGCUGUGAGUGUGGGAAGAGCUUCAGCAACAGCUCCAGCUUUGGCGUGCAUCACCGCACCCACACAGGUGAGAGACCUUAUGAGUGCACUGAGUGCGGGCGGACCUUCAGCGAUAUCUCCAACUUUGGAGCUCACCAGAGGACCCACAGAGGGGAGAAGCCCUACCGGUGCACUGUGUGCGGGAAACACUUCUCCCGGAGCUCAAAUCUCAUCCGCCACCAGAAAACUCACUUGGGCGAGCAUGCUGGGAAAGAUUCCAGCUGAAGGAGAGCCCCAUUUAGAGUGAGGGAGAGAGAGCGAGAGACCCCAACCUAUUGGAGGAAGAUCUUGAGCAUCUGCUGCUGCUACCUUGACCUCAAGCCCUUCAUCCCACUUUGGAGAAUGGUUUUGUAUUGCCUCUGAAGUCAGGAUCUCAGGAAAUCCUGAUAAGGGACUCUGGAGUAAAAACCCUUGCCUCUUUCCAGGCCAAUUUCUCAUGCUGAAAAGUCAGAGGACCCAGUCUUGGCUUCACUUUCUUGGGGUGAAAGAGAAAUAGGGUAGGCUCAGAACAUGCUCGUGUCAUUAAGGCAGCAGUCCCCUGGCCUUUGAGGAAGUACCUAUGAGAUGGGUGUCACUAUCUGAAGGUUCUCCAAAUUGUCUGUGAACUUGCUUAGGUAGGAGUGCACUGCAGUGUCCUGCUAGUUCCCACCUAUUGUGCCCCAACUUUGCUUCUAGAUCUCUGGGCUGGGAGGAGUGACCUUCUCAAUGGAAGGGGCCUCCUUGGUCUGGAGAAGAGAUCUGAGGUCCUGCCUUAGAAAUGAAAGGGAAACCCUCAGGGAGCCAUGACCCAGGGACCUUCACACUCCCCAAUGUUUGUUACUUGUUAUCCCUCCCCCAACCUCCCCAACCUGCCUCUGUUUUCCCCAGAGUGAUUAGCAGUAAAACCCUUCAAUGAAAA